UUCACUCAAGCAGCUCCUGAAGAACUCCUACCAACCACAAAUACUCAACAUCUGAGGCACCGAUUACAAUAUAAGAAUCUGCACAACCAAUACUUACCAGAAAGAACAUCUUCCAGAAAGAAUAGCUUCCAAAACCAAGCCGAAGAAAGCAGUCAAACGUUCAAAAGUCCACGAGCCAGAGUAAGCUGAAGGUGCAUUGGAUUUGCAAUUAGAAGUCCUCACACAGGAAGGCCCAAACCAACUGAAAAAAAAAAUGUUUUCGGCAACAAAAUUGGUUAUUUGUAUGUCAAUUCUGGCGGCGGUGAUCAUGGAGGAAACUGGAGCCAUGCCACAUGGGCACCUGGAGAAAAGCGUACCCCUUUACUUGGACUCUGUUGCGCCAUCGGCUCCGACACAAUCUGUCAGACCCCUGUCCAACCACUCCAUCUCCCCAUGGACGUCCAACAUCACCUACGAAAUGGAUCGCGUGCCCCACUUCAUCACGGAGGCGCGCUGCUCCCUGCAAGGCUGCCUGAACAGCCACGGCAUCGAGGACCGCAGUCUAAAGUCGGAGCCCAUCUGGUUCCAGACACUUUUCCUGCGGAGGGUGAAGAACCCCACGGACAAGAAAUACCACUACCGCCUCGAGUCCAAGCUCAUCACCGUGGGCUGCACCUGUGUACGACCCAGCAUCGUCUACCAGCAGUGAUCCAGGAAGAAAACGCAGGCUAGCACACACACACAUGCACUGAUCCACGCACACACACAUAAACACCGGCACUGAUCCAAGCACCCACACACGAGCAGACACAGACACAGACACACGGAUACAAGCACAUACACACACACAUACACAAACACGAA